AUGGCCGACGACCUGGAGAGACCCGUCGGACGCGGAGAUGGCGGCCGCGGUGCGGCGUACGACGCGGAGCCAGUCCUCAGAGAGAAGACGCCGGAAGAGAAGUGGCUCGGAGCGCGGCCGCACCUCCGCAACGGCGACGACGUGUCGCCGCGCGGACGCACGAAGACGCCUGCUGUGGGGCGAAACCGCAACGACCUCUUCUACUACUACUUGGAUGAGGAGCGCUAUGUGCCGGCCAGCGUCCUCUUGCUGGACAAGAGUCUUCGAAGGACCGCGUUCCGCGACGCGCCGGGGCUCGGCAGCCGCGCGCGGAACGCCUUGUGCUAUAUCCUGGCCGCGGCCGAGGCACACGAGGAUCUGGUGGUGAAGCGCGCUGGAGGGCGAAGCCUGGUGAGAAUGAACGCCAAGCAGCUUCCCAAGGCCAAGCGCGGCUACGAGGCUGCUGAAGCGGCUGCCGCGGCUGCUUCAGCCACCGAAGCGGCUGCUUCGGCCGCGGAAGCAGCUGCCCCAGCGGCGCCGAAAGUGGCACUCCCCGUCAUGGAGAUGGGCCAGCGGAAUUGCAAGGGCGAGCUGGGUCACGUGGUCUCCAAGCGCUUGGGCCGCUCCAUCGCCAAGGAAGAUGUGAGGUAUGAAGCGUCGAGGGUUGGGGUGGCUUGGAACGACGGAGAACGGCGGAGAGGGUCGGCCAAUCGGUGUGAACGGCACGGAGAACGGCACGGACCACCCACCGAGCUACAGGGCGACGUGUACGGUGCUGGGAGAGAGCUACGAGAGCCGGUUGACCCACGGCAACAAGAAGGAUUCAGCCUGCGUAGCACUGGAAGCCUUGGCGGCUUCAGCAGAGAAUCCAGGGAGCGCAGAGACCUGGAGAAAGCGUUCGAUGUGUUUUCUCCAUUGGAAUUCAAGUUCCGGGAUGGCACGACCGAUUUCAAGGGUCAAUUGUUGACCCUCUUCCAGACUUUGGGCAAGCGUGACCAAGUUCUCUUUGAUGUCUACCGGGUGAACGAAGACUCCGAAGAGAAGUUCUUCCAGGCGAAGGUCGCUCGCAUCGCCCGGAUCCGCCGCGCCCGGAUCGCCGCCGCAGAUCCGGUUAAGGUGCCAAUUGAAGGUCAAGAACCCUUUGUGGCUGUAGGGCGAGCCAUGUCGCGCAGUGACUUCGAGUCCUCCGAAAAGACCCGCCGCGCCGCGCAGCAGGACGCCGCGCGGGCGGCGCUGGAGGCGCUGAGAGCGCCAGAGCGCGGAGAGCACGUGCUGCAGGACCGACCCCCCCCCCGGUGCGAGCGGCCCGGCGGUCUCGGUGGAGCGGCCGCCCGAGACGCCGAAGCCGGAGGCCGUGGUCGCUUCGAAUGGAAAGACAUUGGAAGUCAAAAGCCUGUCAACGAGGUGCAGGAAGUGGUGAUUCUGUGGCUACCUCAAGACCCAUCGGAGAUGGUGAGCUUCCGAAAGGUGCAGGUGGUGAGCGACGACUUUCUGGCGGCGACCGAGGAACUUCUGGGCGAGGCGGUCGCUCACCCCCUGAGCUGGUUGGGGAAUCGCCCCAAAGGCCUGAGCCUCUACGAAGCGGUGGAACCACCGGUGUGCUCGGUGAACGCGAGGGCCACAGCCUUGGCCGGUCUGGAGGUCUAUGGGGAGUCCUUCCUGAUGGACGCGAGCGCACAUUCCCGCGGGGCGGUGCUGGCGGACAUGACGCUCGCGCGCUAUGAGUAUCUCAAGGCGAAUAUGUCUGGCCAUUUGUCCGGCCCUGUGGCGGAUUUGAAUCAAAUGCGGAGCAUGUUGCUUUGUGGUCAUCCCAAGCUACCAGAGAAGUACUCUGCCGAGACCUGGGUGGGGCAAAACCCCAAGGCAUUGCUCAUCGACGUGGCGCGGCGGAGGGGCUUCGCUCCACCCCAGCUGGAGGUCUCAUUCUACCACCAUGAAGAUCUGCCACAGGGGCGGAACUGGUUUCGCGCCAGCGCCACGAUCACGAAAGAGGAUGAUCAGAAGUGGGAUUAUGGCGAUCCCUCCACCAACAAGAUGGACACUCAGCAGGAUGCAUCACUGAAAGUACUUCAUCAACUUCAGAGUGAGGACCAGGAGCAGGGGAAGCGUUGGCAGCAUCCUUUGGUGCCCACUGUGGUGAAAGCCAUCUCGGACCACGUAGAGCGGACCGCGGCGCGGAAACCGCGACGGAGCUUCGUCCGUGGCAGCAAGGUAGUUUGCAGCUACUCCAUCAAGUUGAUGAAGGCGACCGCGACAGCGAAUGUCGCGGUGGAGAUGUUGUGA